UCCUCCAUUUCCGCGUUACUUCCACGGUUUUUUUCUAGCGUUCCUAUGGAUCGGGGGAUCUGCUGUUAAAACUUCUCGACCAUUUCUGCUUUUAGAUAAUGAUUUUAUUAUUCCAGUAACGCACAUCACACCGACAUGUAAAGCACAUCGAACGAUUAUAUUGAUCGAUUAUGUUUCAUUUCGUCUGUAACUGUAUAUUUAGCGGAUUGAGAAGUUGUUAGACUGGUCCGGCUAAUUUAGUUAGCAGCUAUUACUGCGGGCUGUGGGUUUUUUGCUCAAUAAAACCAUGGCGGAUGCGAACGAUGGAGACAGGACAGACGGAAAUGAGCCGAGGGGGGCCACAGGCGGUGAAGAUGUCGUGGACGACGCAAUCAUUCAGCAAGGUGCAGUUCUACUUAGGGGGUAUGUUAUUGAGAGAAUUCAUGUUGAAGAUCCAGCCAUGCAUGUGGGCUAUGAGGAUCUAGGAGGAAGACCUCAGGAUGCAGAAGAUCCUCAAAUCAAAGGGGUUGUAGAACAGCUUUUGAAAAUAGCUGAUGACCUUAACAAGAAUGCAGAGCUUCAAAAUCUUAUCAACACUGUGCAAGCUAACUGCGCUCAGGAUGUCUUCAUGACGGUAGCCAGGAGCAUCUUUGAAGAUGGCAUUAACUGGGGACGUGUGGUGGCUCUAUUUCACCUCGCAUAUGGACUUAUUUACAAGGCACUGACUCAGAACCGCUUUGAAAUUAUCAGGAGAAUCAUUAGCUGGGUUUUACAGUUUAUCAAGGAAAACAUUUCUGCCUGGAUCAGAGCGCAAGGAGGAUGGGAGGGCGUUGUUCGUAGCGUGUCCAGAUGGCGCAAUGUGUCCUGCAUCGCUGCGGUGGCAUUCAUCGUAGCCGUUGUUUACUGGAGACGAAGUCGCUAAGAUAAAAGCAAAAGAGAUGUCAGAUUCACAAUUCUCAUUGAAACUCAAAAGCAAUACACUGUCUAAUUCAUGCAAAACAUGGACCAAUCAUCUGUCAUGUGGACCAAUCAUGCGUCAUAUCUUGCUGUGUAAAUGAACGUUUACUGGUGAUGCAGUUUGUUUUGUUUUUCUAUCUAACGUUUCUCUAUUGAAGUGUUUGUAUUUCUGUGAAAUCAAGUGACAAACAUAUUUUGCCUUGAUUUAUUUAUGUGUAGCUUAUCUCAAGGAUUUUUAAUGCACUGCACUAUUUCUCCAACAGUGCCUUUUAGUAGACGAGUUUUGUAAUAAUCAGUUUUUUAAUGUGCCACAUCAGACACCAGCCCUACCUCGAAACAGCUAAAUAUAUGAAACCAAAUGUUUACCUUGGAUUUAGUUUUAAAGGAUGUCGUUUGAAAUACUGAGAAAGGGCAUAAGUAAUACAUAUAUGAAAUAUAUUUGACCUAUUUUAACUUUUAGGUUGAACCUCAAAGCAACUAAUAGGGAUUAAAUGACUGAGGCUUCGAAAUGUUGUGUAUUGUGAAUAUUGACAAUUCUUACACAACUCUUGAAAUAAAUAAGAUGAAUUAUCAGGAAAUGUCUACUUGUUUAUU